GUAAUUAAAGGAUGUAUCAACUGUUUGUAUAGUUAUUAUCUAUAUUUAGCCUCCCUCCAUCAAUUAGAUCCUAAUACUUAAAAAACUUUUUUAAUAACUAUGAAACAUGUGGAUUCAUUCCCCAGCACCCCUUCAACCAUUAUAAAUAGUCAUUUUAAUCUCCAAUCUCUUCGACACUAAGCUUUAUUUGUUGUUUGCAAUAUUUUUUCGUCAUCAUCAAUUUUCUUCCUUUGUGCAUCAAAGAAAAUCUAUCUGUUUCUACCAGAUAUGGGAUGUUCUUCGCCAUGCGCAUCCUGCAAAUUGUUGAGGCGCCGCUGCACCAAGGACUGCAUCUUUGCCCCGUACUUCCCUUCUGACGACCCUUACAAGUUUGCUAUUGUCCACAAAGUUUUUGGUGCUAGCAAUGUCAGCAAAAUGUUACAGGAGCUCCCGGUUCAUCAGAGAGCGGAUGCCGUAAGUAGCUUGGCUUAUGAAGCAAAUGCAAGAGUGAGGGACCCGGUAUAUGGAUGCGUUGGGGCCAUAUCCUUCCUUCAAAAUCAAGUAUCACAGUUGCAAAUGCAGCUUGCUGUGGCUCAGAAUGAGAUACUUUGCAUUCAGAUGCAACAGGAAUCAGCCUGGCCAACUCUAAUAGACCAUCAGCAAGAUGACAAGUCGUUCCUUCUAGCCACUAACAACCUCGAUAACAUCUCCCAAUACCUCAACUUUGCUUCUUCUAGCAAUGUAAUCCAAGACGCAGCUCUCAAGAGAGAGUCUUUUUGGACUUAA